GUCACUUCAUCCUUUAAGACACAGGCGUUUCCCAAUGCUAAUUUUCCCGGGCCAGCAUCAAAUGACACCCGUCGUUUCUUGCAUCCUCCCUCCCAGGCCUUGAUAGCUUCACCAUCACGACGCAUACGCUUCGCGCAGCCAUCUCCCCGGAGGAAGCAUCGCUCUUCUUUUGCAACCAAUGUAUCAUCUCCCCUGGCAGGCAUUAAAACUCCGGUAAAAGCUGCAGAGAUCGCGGCCCGCAUGCAAAGCAUGAUGCUUUCCCCAUCGAGGGCCAUGUGCAGGCCUAAACAUUCAGUACCCGGACCAAAUGAUGGAUCGCUAUCGGGUGCCCCAGUGAAACAGAGGCCGUUCACAAGACUGCGCCGUCUUCCACCCGCACGGAAACCACCACCGAAUGUCCCCAUUCCUGACAUCCCGCCCUCAGUCUCGAGUAUGGAUUCACAGCCUUCCUCAUCAACCUCAUCGCCCUUUUCGCUCAUCGCAUCUCUUCCACCUCCUCCACAACCUCCGUUCUCACCUGCUGCUCUACCAGGUUUCAGGAUCCAGCCUGCAACUCCAGAUACGCCUCCCAUGCGUCGCCAAAUAUCUGAAGUAGACGAUGUAUUCAGCUCCCCAGUGCUGCAUCGCCCUGUUCCAAGCCAGUCACGGACGGUGGCCCAAGCUCUGCAGGGCCCCAGGAUUGGUCUUGCGAACAGUCAAGUCCUGGAGAGUUCAGACAUAGAGUACGAAGAUGAUGCGGUUCGUCCCGACAGCAGCCCGGUACACUCGCCCAUGCGGUGGUAAAGUAACUCACCGAGGGG